GACGAGGUCCGUCCCGGACCGGUUCCCCCAUAGCGUCGCCCUUCGGACUAGGCCGCGCUCUCCGCCCGUGGCGCUCUCGUCGCCUACCGACGCCGGGAUGCGGGUGCUGCGGAAAGGGCUGAGCUUGCUGGGGCGGCCGGGGGUCCUCCGCGGGCCCCACCAGCCCCUCUAUCAGCAAGGGCAGAGCCCUUCGCCGCGGACCCGCGAGUACUUCUAUUAUGUCGACCACCAGGGACAGCUUUUCCUGGACGAUGCCAAGGUCAAGAAUUUCAUCACCUGCUUCAAAGAAAAGCAGUUCUUGGUCUUCUUCUUCAAGCAACUGACCAUGAACCGGAGCGGGCGCUACGAAGACUCCUUCCCUUACCUGUCUCCCUGUGGCCGGGAGCACAACUACGUCCGCUGCGAUGACCGGCCCGUUGUCUUCACCCACCUCCUGCGGGGAACCUCGGGGGAGGAGCUGCUCUCCUACUGCGGCGGGGCUGAGAGGCUGGUGGUGCCCUUCCAGCCAGAGAAGCUGCUGAUGUUGCCCGAGAACGGGCGCGUCUACCACCCGGGCCCGGAGAAAGCUGGCGGAGUAGGGCUGGUGAAAUCCGCACUGGCCUUUGAACUCAGCCCCGGCUUCCAGUACGACCGGGGGGCCGGCCAGCCCCCCACCCAUUUCCACUGGCAGAACCAGCGCCAUGCCCUGACGAACGAGUUGCUGCCCUUUAUCCGAGGCAAGACAGAGGAGGAAGGAGCCCAGGACUAAGAACGGCCCUGGCCUGUGAACUAUACCCGGCCUUCUGAACCGCACGGGAGUCCCUGGAGCCCGUCUCCAUAGUUGGCCGCAGCAACAGCUAGUGGGGGACCCCCUUCCCAUUAUCCCAUGGAUUUUCUUUAUCCAGGUGGAUAAUCCGAUGAAGCCGGUGGAAAGUUUCUGAUCCAAGGCCAGCCACCUUCCUGGGAGGGCUGGGUGGUAGAACUGCUUGGAAUAAAAUGGAGCUCUCUCUUGCUCUCUCAUGCUGCAGACCGGUGGUAUGUUCAAGCAGGAGACCUAAGAAGCUUCAGAGAUAUUCGCCCUUCUGUCUGUAGUGCCGUAGAGUUCUGUGGG